AUGCCAGCAGUUCGGCAUUGUUCUAGAAUUGAUACUUUCGAUCUGAAACUUCAAAUGGAAAGAAGACUCGGGUCACAAAAAGCUGACAAAUACUUCAAUCUUCUCACAAGAUACAUCAAUCUGAAGCUCUCAAAAUCAGAAUUUGAUAAGCUCUGCAUACGUUUGAUUGGAAGAGAGAAUCUCCGUCAUCACAAUGAACUCAUCAAGGCAAUUAUUAAAAACGCCACUCUUUCCAACACACCACCUCCAAAACAAGUCAAACCUGACAUCCCGUUGACUUUGAAAGAUCCUAACAACACCAUUGAUCCAAGAAGCAACCUUCAGUCUCUCUGUAGAGAUGUAUUCCCUCAAUCCCCAAGAAAAGGAAGAACACCAGUUCAUCGAGAAAGAAAGUAUAAAGAUAGACCAAGUCCUCUUGGGCUUAAUGGGAAGACUCAUAUGGCUGAAGAAACUGGUUUACAACUCAUUUGUAGAAGAAUCCCGAUUACAGCUCCAUUUGGUAUUAGCAUACACUCAAAAGAAACACGAAAAUCGGUCUGUAAUUCAGGUUCUUCUUAUUACACAGAGACUUGUCAUUACACUCGUUAUUUGCCACAUACAAAUUCUUUGGAGAACAGAUUGAAGCAGAAGUUGAAAAUGGAGGGUUUGGAUAUCUCAAUGGAUUGUGUCAAACUAUUGAAUAAUGGGCUUGAUUCUUAUCUGAAAAGUGUUAUAAAACCAAAUCUGGAGUUAGCUCACUCAAGGUCUUUACACAAACAAGAAAUAUCCAUGCUAGAUUUUCGGGUGACAUCAGAGGUCAACCCCAAGAUUCUUGGAGAAAAUUGGCGUAUAAAACUUGAGAAGAUUGGCCUAUAA